AUGGACAGGCUGUCGAAGAGAGCCGUCCCGGAUGAUGCGGCCAGCACUCACAGCGCUGAUGGCAGGACUCCUUUGAGCCCAUGGCCAGGGAGCUCUCAGGCCAAAGUGCCUCCGCUGCCUGGGCGCGGGAGCUUACCUUGCCGCCUGUUUGGUGCAGCUCAGUGGCACCGGCCGGCUCGGGAGCUGCCAGACACACCGCAAGAUAGCCGCAAGAGCCAGGUGCCUAGAUACAGCAUCGGCAGCCCGUUGGACACAGCAAAGCCGGAGGCCGCUAGCCCGUGGUGGAAGCAGGUUGCCGAGAUGGAGCCCAAAGCGGCAGAACGGGAAGACGAGUCGCCGGUCAAGGCGGCAGACCCGCCAGCAGAGGUGCUCCAGCCGCUGCUGGCGGCAUUGCGAGAGGACUUCAAGCGGGAGCUGCAGGAGGCUCAGCUGGCCAUGAUGGAGCAGAACUUCCGGCUCCACGCAGAGCUGCGGAAGGACGUGGACGCGCUGCGGCGGGAAGUGCAGCAGCUGCGAGGGGAGCUGCGUGUCUUGUAA